AUGUCAUCCAUCUAUGCUGCCUAUUACCAUCACCAAUUCGACUACCGUCAGUCGCAAUUCGCCCACCACCCAUCGCAGCCCAUAUAUCAGCCACCACACCACCACCCAUCGCAACCCAUAUAUCAGCCACCUCACCACCACCCAUCGCAACCCAUAUAUCAGCCACCACACCAUCCGAUUGGAUCAUUAGAUCUGCAACAAUCUUAUCCGCAGGAUAGGCACUUCCACCCACAAUAUCAUCCCUACCAGGCACGACAGCCCACUUGUUGGGACCCGCCUUGGGUGCGCACGCAGCAGAGUUCUUCGACCUAUGAUCAGUCACCGCCUCACGGCCCCUACCUCGCCUAUGGUGAAGCUACAUACCAGGGUUCUGGCCCCAAUAAUCCUGACUUCAUGGCUCGAUCGUUCUCCCCUGCCCAACUAGCCGCAGUAAACGAUUACAACGAGAAGUUACGUGUGUAUAGAUUGGACCAAGCCGCCUUGCUCGCCCGUGUGACCGCUCUGUUUGAGGAGAAUAUUGAUGACAAAAAUCUAGCUGAGGAUGUUCCCGACAAUGUGGCUCACAAUGGGGGCGUUAAUCUUGAUGUUCCAAACAACGAGUCCCUGGAAGAGGUUCCAAAUGACGAGUCCGUGGAAGAGAUCGUCAAGCCAAACGACGAGUCCCUGGUAGAGAUCGUCAAAACGAACAAUAUGACGCCACUAUGA